CGUUUAUUUGACGUAUAAGGUUUUCCUUGAUAUUCUUUAUCAAUGCAAUAUAUUAUGUAUAUUUAUACUUUCGUUUGGGAUUUUGUAUUGAUAAUGUGGUGUGCGGAAUAUUUAAUUUGACGUUUUUGUAUAUAUAAGCAGCUCGACAGUUUUAAUUGCAUUACGAGAUAAUUCACCUGCUGUAAAAUGAAGACUAUAAUCUUAUUUGCCUUUUUAAUUUUCGCGAUUGCACAUAUCCAGUGCGAAAAAGAUCUUUGUGGUCCCAAUGAGCACUUUAAAGAAUGCAAAUCUUGUUGUUCAGAAUUAACAUGCCAGCAGAGAACCGUAUGCCGUCCUACAGGCUGUGUUUGUCUACCAGGAUACACCAGAAAGUCCGAAAAUGGGCCUUGUGUACAAAGAUGUCAUAUUAAAAGGGAUAAGUAGUUGUACUAUGGGGAGUAAAUAACACUAUCGUAUUUGAAACGAAACGUAUGUUAAUUUUGUUUUAUAUGUGACAGUUAAAGAACUUAUUGUUAAAAAUAAAUUUUAAAUUAAAUUUAAAAAA